UUUGUUUCUUAGUGAGGGUAUGUUUUUUUCCUUUCUGGCCCAUCUACGCUUGUGGGAUCAACUAUGUGAUUGGCUUCAUCUCUCUCUUUUUGCUUACUUAUUAAGGAGAGGAGUCUCUACAGACAAUAGCUGAUGAAGAUAAGCAGUAGUAGUGUCAACCAACAAAGCCUGAAUCAUACCAAAAGCUGAUAACCGAAAGAAAAAAAGAACAGAAAAACAGAGUGCAUAUAUCUUCUCUCUUAUAUCCCCAAUCUACCCCUUUCAGUUUCUUAUGCUUGAGAGAUCAUAAAAAAACCCCCAAUUACUCCAACUUAUUCUCGUCGAAUUUGAGUUAUUGGUCCAUGUUAGCGAACACCUCCUCCCCAUCAUCACUUCCUGAACCAUUUUCAACUGAAAAUGGUGGAAUCAACAACAAUAAGAGGAAACGAAGACCCGCAGGAACUCCAGAUCCGGAUGCGGAGGUGGUUUCUCUAUCACCAAAAACACUAUUGGAAUCGGAUCGUUAUGUGUGUGAGAUCUGCAACCAAGGGUUCCAGAGAGACCAGAACCUUCAGAUGCACCGCCGGCGACACAAGGUUCCUUGGAAGCUACUAAAGAGGGAGACUCCGGUGGUUAGGAAGCGCGUGUUCGUGUGUCCCGAACCAAGUUGCUUGCACCACGAUCCGUGCCACGCGCUGGGUGAUCUAGUUGGGAUCAAGAAGCAUUUCAGAAGAAAACACAGCAAUCAUAAACAAUGGGUUUGCGAGAAAUGCUCCAAAGGUUAUGCUGUUCAGUCUGAUUACAAAGCUCAUCUCAAGACUUGUGGCACUAGAGGGCAUUCUUGUGAUUGUGGCCGCGUUUUUUCCAGAGUUGAAAGUUUCAUUGAACACCAAGAUGCUUGUAACAUGGGGAGUCUCCGGUCUGAAUCACAGUCACUACAACCUGCAUGCCUGUCUCGAACCGCAUCUAGCCCAAGCCCAUCAAGUGAUACCAAUUUCAGCAAUAAUCCUCCUUGGUCUGGCUUGAUAAUGCCAAGACCAACAAUAGACACAAUGUUCUUGACUAGCCCUACUUCUGGGGAUAAUAAUAAGCAUUCUUCUUCUAGAAGCAAAGCGAAGUAUCAUCACAACUUGGAGCUCCAGUUGUCAACCACAUCAAAUCCACUACUUGAUCAUGUAGUUUCUACCAAAGGAGAUGGUACUACUACUCACUCUACUACUCAAUUACAGCUCUCAAUUGGAUCAUCCAAUUACAGCGACAAAUACAAAUCGGAUGCAGGAAAAAACUCUCCUACUAGGUAUGGCAAUGGGAUGGAUAUGGCGUCGAGGAUUAAGGACCAAGCGCGGGAGCAGUUAAAGUUGGCGAUGGCGGAGAAGGUGUACGCUGAAGAGGCGAGGAAGCAAGCAAAGAAGCAGAUUGAAUUAGCUGAGCAAGAAUUCUCAAAUGCAAAGCGGGUUAGGCUACAAGCUCAAGCUGAAUUGGACAAGUCAUUGGCUUUGAGAGGGCAUGCAAUGAAGCAAAUAAAUUCAACUAUUCUUCAAGUCACUUGUCAUGCUUGCAAGCAACAGUUUCAAGCCAGAAGGCCUCCUGAUGAGAACUCUCUUGUGUUGAGUCACAUGUCAUCAGUCAUUACAGAAGGUGAAGUAGAGAAUUAUGGAGCAAGAACUACUUCUAAUAACCCAUGACACUAUCAUUCUCUCCAUUUCUAUAUCUAUAUAUGUCAACUUUCUUUCUCUCUUUCUCCAUUAUAGCAAGAAUGUGGUGUUAUUAUCUCAAGUUGAUUAGUCGGGUGUUGUAUCCUUCAAAGUGUGUGAUGUUGUCAUUUGUUGAUCAUUAAAUAUUUAAUAAAUGAAGAAAGCAAGUAUCUUGAUUUGA